CCAAAACCUCGAAGAUCAUGUCAUCCGUCAUGCAUUACUAUCCAGUGCAUCAUCCAACAGCGCCGCCAGUGGUUAAAUACAGCGAUUUGCUUUAUGGACAUCAUCAUUCCGCGAAUCUGCAGCCGACUUCCCUGCAGAACUACACGCAGCACAGUGUCAGCAGCAUACCAGAGCAUCCUUCGUUGCAGCAGCAUCAUCAUCAACACCAUCAGCAGCAGCAGCAGCUCUCCUCCGAUGAGAAUCUGCCCUCGCAGCCCAGCCAGGAUAUGCAGCGAGUGAAGCUGAAGCGCUCCAGGACGGCCUUUACCAGCGUCCAACUGGUGGAGCUGGAGAACGAGUUCAAGAGCAACAUGUACCUCUAUCGGACACGACGCAUCGAGAUUGCCCAGCGGCUGUCCCUGUGCGAGCGACAGGUGAAGAUUUGGUUCCAGAAUCGACGCAUGAAGUUCAAGAAGGACAUCCAGGGCCACCGGGAGGCCAAGGCGAGUGCAAAGCUCGCUCAGCCCCAGGCGGAGCAGAGUGCCCAUCGGGGCAUAGUGCAGCGACUGAUGUCCUACUCGCAGGAUCCCAGGGAGGCGGCUUCCAGUGCAGCGGAAAAGCGUCCUGCUGUGGCAGCAGCUCCUGCCGCGCCUGUGGUUGCUGCUCCCCCAGUGGUGGCUGCUGCCACUCCCACUGCCUCGUUCUAUGGCCAACCGAAGAUCAAGCCACAAGCCAUCCCAAGCAACAACAACAACAGCAUGUGCUCCUCGGAUCUCAGCGAGAUCCUGGAACAUCUCGCACAGAGCACAGCGGUGCCAGCUGCAACAGUCACACCGCCGGGGCCAUCCAUUGGACCGACUUGUGGAUCCACUGGCGUGUCGUCCUCUGGCCACUAUUCGUACAAUGUGGACCUCGUCUUGCAGAGCAUCAAACAGGAUCUGGAGGCAGCUGCCCAGGCCUGGUCCAAGUCCAAGGCAGGGCCAGUCCUCGCCAAUGCCCAAUCCUGGCAUCCCAGUGGCGUGGGCAGCAGCACUGUCCCGGCGGUGUCCCAUGCAACACCCUCGAUGAAUCUGUCGUGGGGCGAGCCAGCGGCCAAGUCCAGAAAGCUCUCCAUCUCCCACAUCAAUCCCUGUGUGGCAGGCGGCUACAACUAUCAGAACUAGGAGCUGUAGCUACCGGUGUGUAUCUGGUGUCUGUCUGGUGUGCGUAUCUUUAAGUACUCCUAAGUAUCUUUAGGAUCUCUCCCUAAACCCUCAACGUCUUUGGCACUUGGACGCAAAAUGCAUUUGUCGCCCUCAAAACUCAGUGAC